CUGACUCCUUCAAUCUCUUGGAUGGGGUUGUUUCCAUGGCAUUAACUGUUAGCAGCCUCUUUCUACACAACACGAUAUUCCCUUUCUUCAGACCUCAGCAAGCAAGAAAAAGCUCUAGAGACUCUUUUCUCUCUCUACACUUCUCUUCUCCUCUCUCUGUUUCUGUCUCUCUCUGUGUGUGUUUAUUCCCUUAUGAAAAGGACCAGCUAGAGAAAGCCAACUUCUGCCUUUCUACCUUAUUGUUAUCAGGAGCUUGCUAUUAUAUAAGCAUGGCUUUUAAGCAUCCAUUCUUGUCAGCUACAAGCCAGGCAACAGGGAAAGCAUGAGUCCUGCUCUGAAUACCUUGGAUUUUGUAUUGUGCCUGAGUUGAAUGUAUUUUCCACAUCAAAUCAGGUUAUUAUUUGCCGUAGUCCUUCUUUACUAGAUUCUUCCCAGGAUUGUUAUGCCCCUUCUUUUUUAUUGUACAGCUGAUAUUCAGAGGCGGUGUCUUCUCCCUGACAAGGAACAAGAUCCAGGAGAUGCAGAAAUGGAGGAUACAAGGAAAGUAUAAAUAGACUGCCUUGCAGAUGUCAUCUUGUCCCUGAGAUGGAAGUGCCAAGCAUCAAGGAUUUUCAGUGGAAAACUCUUGCACCCUUGUCUAGCCCAAGAGUCUAUUGCUCCCUGGUUGAAGCUGGGGGCCAAGUUUUUGCCAUUGGGGGCUGUAAUGACAAUGGCACCCCCAUGGACUGUUUUGAAGUAUACUCUCCUGAAGCCAACCAGUGGAAUUCUCUUCCCCCAAUGCCCACAGCCAGGGCUGGAGUAGCUAUAGCUACAUUGGGCAAGAGAAUCAUGGUGAUUGGAGGAGUUGGCGCUAACCAGAUGCCCUUGAAGAUUGUGGAGAUGUACAACAUAGAUGAGGGCAAGUGGAAGAAACGCAACUCCUUGAGGGAAGCUUCGAUGGGGAUCUCCGUGACAGUGAAAGAUUACAGGAUCUAUGCAGCAGGUGGAAUGGGAGCAGAUCUGCGCCCACACAAUUAUAUGCAGCAUUAUGACAUGCUAAAGGACAUUUGGGUAUCAUUGGCCACCAUGCCAACACCGAGAUAUGCUGCUACAUCCUUCCUGCGAGGCACAAAGAUCUAUGUGCUGGGUGGAAGACAAUCCAAAUAUGCCGUGAAUGCCUUUGAAGUCUUUGAUACUGAAACAAGAUCUUGGACAAAAUUUCCCAACAUUCCCAGCAAAAGGGCUUUCUCCAGCUUUGUCUGUGCAGAGAAUAAGAUCUUUAGUGUUGGGGGAUUACGGCAAGGCAGGUUAUACCGACAACCUAAAUUCAUGAAGAAUGUGGAUGUGUUCGACAUUGAGCAAGGAGGCUGGAUGAAGACUGAGCAUUCAUUAUUUCUGAAGAAACGGCGGGCUGAUUUUGUAUCUGGUUACUUGAAAGGAAGAAUUGUUGUAGCUGGAGGGUUAGGAAACCAACCAACUGUUCUGGAAUCAGCUGAGGCCUUUCAUCCUGAGAAGAACAAAUGGGAAAGCCUACCUCCUAUGCUCACCCCGCGAUGUGCCUGUUCCAACAUUGUGGUCAAAAACUGCCUUCUGGCUGUAGGAGGAGUGAACCAGGGCCUGAGUGACGCAGUGGAAGCUCUGUGUGUCUCUGACUCCUAGCUGCUCCAUCUCCAGAUGCUCCUUGUACAAGGGGCUUACACAAACCACCUGAAAAAGUCAUUACUCUGCCGUUCUGAGUGUUGGGUCACUCCUGCUUAACACAGGAAGAGUUGACACCUUCAUUCAUCCCACUCUGCAGCUUUCCUGUAGCUCCCUUCACUCUGUAUUUUGGAGAAGGUCCCUUCUUGCCUUAUGUAGCUGUAGUUUUGUGACUCUGUCAGCUAACAGAAGUUCAGACAGUUGUGGGAGUGUCAUCUCUGCCAGCAUCACUGAGCUGCACCACUUGAUGAAUCUAGAGUCACUCCCUCCUGCCAACUCUAAAUGGCUGAGGAACCUGCCAACUUUCUCACAAAGCAGCAGAGGUUUGCCACACAAGUCAGGGUAUUUCAGCCAAGGAUUAGUAGUAGCCCAAGCUAUGAAUAGUGUGAAGCCAUUUUGUCUUCCACCGAAAUACUGUGUUUGAAACACACCCGUUGAGUGAAGCAUAAGGGCCUCUGUUGGGUUCUUCACAAGUUAACCAUGAAAACAAAGAAGAAAGCGAAUCACACAGAGUUAGAGCUUGUGCCUCCAGUGCACUUUAAAACGCUGUCCUGAUAGUGAUGGACUCUUAAUUUCAUUUUGUAGAAGCUCUGCAGCAGUGCAUUACCCCAGACGUUGCCUGCUGUGACGUUAGAUUCAAAGCAUAUGGAAUGGAUUUCCAAGAAGCUUCCUAAUCAUGCAGCUAGUUGGAUGGAGAACCAUCUCUGUCGGUGGGAGAGCAACAAAUCUGAUGUCUUGAUUGACAGUUCCUGCAAUUAGAGUUGGAUAUUGCUUGUCUGGAAGGUUAAAAGCUGCAGAGAAAGAAAACAGUGUUUGUCAAGAGGAACGCCUUAAAGUAAGGGUUUUAGAUUUUAGUCUGAAAUGUGUGCACAUACACACACAUACACAUAGACAAGUGUGAACAAGCAUACAUACACACAACACACACAAUUUCAGUGUUAGUCAUAUUCAUUAUUUUAGUCCACUCCUUUGCACUCUGGGGGACAUUUGCCAAACCUGGACUGAGCAAAAUGUAGCAUAAUGUUUGUGACAUAGACAUUCUGGAUUCAGCUCAUAACAGUUCCUCUGAGCUCAUCAAACAACAAAGCUUAGGUACAGUGUUGUCUUCUGUUUUAAUUGUUUUGGAUGAACAUGUGUGUGCAUUCACACGACUAAAUGUGCAGCACACUCUGUCCUUCCUUACUUCAACCUGUAGGUUGAAAUUGUCACUGUUAUUCUAAUUAAGUACGGUGCAUCAGUUUCAGUUUUUGUGAAUUGUUAACAAGUAGCACAAUUAAAAGUUAUGUUCUCAAAUUAA